AUGAAUUCGUAUUUUGAACAACCUGGUUUUUAUGCCGGGCAUCAUCAUCAAUCGUCUACCGGUAGCACGCAUCACGAUCAAGCAGCAGCAUAUAGAUUUCCACUCGGUUUGGGUAUGUCACCCUAUGCAAGUUCUCAACACCAUCAUCAUCAUUCUUUACAUCAGAACAGACCACCGCAGGAUUCGCCGUACGAUGCGAGCGUUGCGGCCGCUUGUAAAUUAUAUACGUCCGCAGCUGACACGACACAAAAUUCAAAUUAUUCAUCAUCGAAAGACUGCUCAAAAAGUAACAACAACGAAAGCCAUCAAAACGGUUACGCUGCCGUCGUGGCAGCGGCCAAAGACGUUUGGUCUUCGGCGUCGGGAGCGACGGUGAACGGUACGAACGUUGCUCCCGUUCGUCCCGCGGCGUGUACGCCGGAUUCGCGGCUCGGGUAUGGUACAGGUUUGGUCGGUGGAGAUCCCGGUUCGAGUCCCGGGACGACCGGUGGCGGUAGAACCUCGGCAACAUCAUUGGGUUCGUGGAACCAGUGUUCGUUGAAUUCAUCGGGUUCCCAAUCAACUGUUGGCUCGCAAUUGCACCAACAAUCUGCCAAUCACACAUUUUACCCAUGGAUGGCCAUCGCGGAUAAAUUCCACCCCAACAGCUGA